UUUACCCUCUUAUUUGAGUACAAAAUCCAUCCCGGAUUAGUUGUGACUUGUGAGCACGUCGUAAUUUGUUUUAUUGUGGUGUGAUUUCGGACUCUAUCUGAGAUGAAUUUUGUACUGAUGUUCAUUAAUCAAUAAAGUGACAACAUUCUCUCUCUCGAAAAAAAAAAACCUUCUCUGUAGACCAUUGCAGCACUCUGCAGCCGCGUCUUCCGCCAAAGGCGCUUCAGGAAACCGCUCCAUCGCCGCACCACGGCAUGCACGAGCGGACGUACCUAGUAUGUCUCCCCUCCAUCUUCUCCACCACCCUCCCAAACUUGGCAAACGCUCCUAAUCGCCCCAUUUCCUCCCGUUAAGCCCGCAGCCAGGCCGGCGAGGCUGCGUGCAUGCAUGCGGCGACGUCGGCCGGCAGCAUGGCCACGAUCGAACUCGGGCGUGGCGGCGCUGGCGCCGGCGCUAGUGGCAGUGGCAUAGGCCGCGGCGGGCCCGCCGGGACGACGUCCAAGAAGCGGCUCGUGAUGAUCAUCGCCGACCCGGGCCGCGAGUCCACGGCGGCAAUGGAGUGGGCACUCUCACACGCCGUCGUCGAGGGUGACGACAUCCUGCUUCUCCACGUCAACAUGCCUCCGAACGGCGCCCCCGGCGGCGCGGCCCCUCCUCGAACCGGCUCCGGCGGCAGCAGCAGUGGCUCCCAGCGGGCCGUGUUCCUCGGUGGCGGGGGCUCCGCGGACGGGGAGUUCAUGGAGACGAUGCGUGCGGCGUGCAAGGCGCGGCACCCGCGCGCUAGGGUCCACGCGGAGCGCGUCGAGCCGGCAACCGAGGGCCGCGAGGCCAAAGCCCAGACCAUCCUCGCCGAGUCCCAACGCCGCGGCGUCGAGCUCCUCGUCAUCGGUCACCGCCGCUUCUCCUCCUUCCUCCUCGGGUUGCGGAGCGCGAGCGGGACGAGCCGACCGGGGCACGACAGCACGGCGGAGUUCUUGAUCGAGCACAGCAAGUGCCUGUGCGUGAGCGUUCAGAAGAAGGGCCAGAACGCCGGCUACCUGCUCAACACAAAGACCCACAAAAACUUCUGGCUCCUCGCGUGAACAUGCACGCACACAUACAUACACGUGCCCAUUGAUUAGAUCGAUCGGAAUUACAUUUUUCAAUUAUCGCGUGCGUGAACCGCAUGUUAAUUUAGACAAAUGAAUGUUUGAUUGCAUCCAUGAGUUCCACGUGAAAAUAGUGACGCAAAAAUUCACGUGUACCAUGCUCGUGCCUUGUUUUGCAGA